CACAGUUAGAAUCCGCCUGUCGUAGUGCUUGGGCGAUCAUCGGCGAUCGUUCCAUUAUUCAACUCAAUCAUGACGCGAUCUUCGGUUUCGGUUUCGGUUUCUAUUCUAUUUGCCAUCAUCUGCCUCGAAUGGAUCGGGAUGCGCACGUGCGACGCUCAGUUCGCGUUCACCUCCGCGGGCAGUGCCGUGGCCUCUGCCGGAGGACUCACCGUGGUGGCGCAGCUGCCCGGUUUUGGAGCACUCAACGGCGUCGUAACUGGCUUCAACCACAACAACAACAACAACAACUUUUACUCUCAACAACGGCAGCAGCAGGGCGGCGGUGGCUGGCCAGGCAUGGGCAUGGGUGGACGCAGACCUCCUCCUGCGCCCAAUGCUGGUCGACAGCCAGCUCCACCCGGCUGGCCUCCAGGCUGGGAGUGGGGUGGCAACGGCAACUAUAAUCAGCCAGGAUUCAACAAUGGACGAGGACCACCGCAGAGACCAGGCUGGGGAGGUGGACCACCACAAAGGCCAGGCUGGGGUGGCGGACCAGUAGGGGGCAUGGGACCACCCAGACCCUACUGGGCAGGCGGCGGAAUGGGACCACCAAGACCCGGAUGGGGUGGCGGUGGAAUGAAUAAUGCAUGGGGAGAUGGAGAAGGACCACCACCAGGUUCUGGCUGGGAGAACAAUGGCAAUGGGAACGGCAACAAUCAACCGAGUCCCACGGAUCAAUACACAAAUUGGGAGAAUCCCAUCGGCGAAGGAUCUAGCACAACGACACCCAAGCCAGUCGCUGUGGGGCCCACAUUCCAGCCUCGACCACAGCCAGCGACCACCAAGAGCACUCUCAUCGUAGGCACCAAUCGUCCGCCACUGUUGCCGCCUCAGCCCUCGGCCAGGCCAUCGCCGAAGCCAUCGCUGCAUUCCAUCGAGGACUCCCAGCUGCGGGACAUCAUCUUCCCCAGCUCUGCGCGAUACAUCCACCGUCCGCCCAGGCAGGAGUUGCGCGCGGACAACAUCGAUGAGCGGAGAUGAGCUGCGAUUCGGGGCACAUUCUUCCAUAGAACAUUUUGCAAUUGUUGAAUAUUUAUAGGCAGGGGCUUCCCAGCGGGGCUCAAGAUCGUCUUUGUGGAUCGUUUCGGAUCGGUGAUCUGUAAACAGGUUCGGGAGCUACCGAGAACAAAGACUCUUGACGAAGAUUCACGAAUUAUAAUUUAAUAAAUAACACAAACAGAUGGAAA